AUGAGAAAAGAGCUGUUGGAUACAAUUCAGAAUAAAGUACCAAAGAAGAACAACAGUUUGCGAAACAGGCUCAAAGAAUGGCAGCAAAGCUUUGGCGAAAUGGGACCAAUACCUUCGGGAGAAAUUUUCAGCGAAGACUUCUGUGAGCAGCGAAAAUUCGUUCAUACGAAGUUUAAUUCACCACCGAAGGAACCAACUAUGUACCAAUGGACUACGUUUUUCUUGAUGCUGCCCUUCUGUAGUUUGGGAGAACUCCAAGAAGCUGUUCCCGCAUGCCUCGAAAAUGACGAAUUCACCUUAAACGGAUCGAUUAGGAGUCAGCUAUAUGACCGUAUUUCCAAGCUGCAACCGUCGUUGAAAUAUGAUUGCGAUCUGGAGUUAAUGGGAGGAUUCGUCUUUAACGAGCCCAAGAAAAACAUGGAAUUUCUCAAAUAUAAGAAAGUUCUCCUUUUCAACGUUUUUGGGCAGAACGGUGCAAAUCUAGAAAGAGCAAUCAGAUUAUAUACAGUUUACCACAGAAGGGCGAUUAAAAAGUUGGAAAAGAAAGAGUAUUUUGGAUGCAACUACAUUAAUGCGGACGACAAACACCAAUUCAUCUGUAUUUUUGAGUGA